UUCUCCCCACUUUGAAGUUACAAGCUCUCUCUUUUGAUCGUACCUAUCUGUUUCUUGUAAAUUCUAAUAAUCAUCCAUGGCUUCCAAGAAUGUCCUCCAAAUCAUCCAGAAGAAAAUUGGCCCAUUCCCAGCAGCAUUGCUUCACGCCUUCCUCGAAUGGGUGCUGAUCAUCAUCCUCUUCCUCGACGGCCUGCUUUUCUUCGUGGCCACCGAAUUCGCCUGCCUUGUUGGAUUGGAGAUCCCUUGCUUGCUUUGCACCAGGAUCGAUCACGUCCUUGUUUGUGGAAAUUCUGAUUCCUAUUACAAGAAAUCGAUUUGCAUGGAUCAUGGGAAAUAUGUCUCAUCUCUCGCGUAUUGCCACACCCAUCAGGGGCUGGCCGAUGCCCGACGGAUGUGUCGCAAUUGCCUUGCUUCUUUAAUGACCAAUGCAGCUGCUGAGAGAAGAACGAGCUCAGAUAUCUUCAGAUCUUUGGUGGGAAUCUCGGGCGGUGGGCCAUUGGAGUGUUCGGUUGAUGCCAAGGGUAGAAUUCAUUUGAAAUUUCGUAUUGGUAGGGGAAAGGGCUGUCGCUCUGGUGAGGAGAAGAGGGGUGGCGUUUGCCAGUGUUCUUGUUGUGGUGAGCCUCUACGGACUCUUGUAUUGCCGGAUGGGACUGAGGUCCCUGAAAUUCCAAUUCCAUCCAGGGCUGUAAAUAGCGGUCACCGAUCCUCAAAGGGAAGCAAGGAUUGGCACAGCUUCGAUGCUGGGUCUUCGAAUGUUGGUUAUAGGGACCUCAGAUUGAUGUCAGAUACUGAAUCUGAGAUUGCGGUGACAGAUGUGAGUUCCGUUAUAGCGACGUCGGAGAUCGACAUUGACAAGGAUGAGGUGAUAAGUGCUGGAUCAAAGAAAUCUGGUGAAGGUCUUGAUGGCAAGACCGAAUCUGAAGCAUCGGUUAAUGUCCGAGAAGAACCAUUGUCUCUUAUAGAACCGCGAGAUAGAGACAUGGCGACAGAUGGGUCUGGUUCCACUGUCAAAGACAGGAAGAUUUCUGGUCUCGGGCAUGGGUUAGAAGAGCUUACCUGGGACAAAGAUCUUUUAUCUCAUCCUUCUGACUCCACCAGUGGAACUGCUGUAGGACCAUCCAAGCCAAACAAUCAGAGUCACAUCGAAAGGGCUAAAUCCAUAGGUCUGGAUGAGGCCUAUGCAAUGGCCACUGGAAAUAAGCCUUAUGGAUUUCCAUUAACUGACCACUCCAGUACUUCACAAACUCCUCCUGGGCUACCGGUUCUCCGAAAGAGACUGUCGAUCGGAAAAGACAGAGCAGUUGUGGAGAAGGUAGGCAGCAUGGGCAAAGUAAACUGGAAGAGCUUGCUGCAUCGUUUGAAGAGGCAGGUGUGUUUGGACCGCAAGUCAUUGAUUGCAUUGUCCACCGAGCUUGACCAAGAAAGGAGCGCUUCUGCGGUUGCGGCGAAUCAAGCAAUGGCCAUGAUCACAAGGCUGCAGGAGGAGAAAGCGGCCGUCCGGAUGGAGGCCUUGCAAUACCAGAGGAUGAUGGAAGAACAGGCAGAAUAUGAUCAAGAAGCACUACAAGUCAUGAGCGAUCUCCUUAUCAAAAGAGAGAAGAAGAUAAACAAUUUAGAGGAGAGGCUAGAGGCAUACAGACAAACGUUGCAAUUUGAAUCCGCAAACAAAAGACAGGUCAAUGAAGACGUUUAUUACGCAGGUGUCGGGAGGAAUGGAUAUAAGGUGCCGGUUGAUAAAGAUCUCAUGAAGCUGAGAUCUUCCUUGAAUUCAUCAUCAUCUGGUGAGAAAUCCGAUUCCCGUUCCUCUAUCAACCUUGGAGUCAUGGAAGAGAAUGAUGCAAAACAUGAGCAUUUUCUUGAUUGAACUGGUGGGCUGCCCAUUGCAUGAACAGGACAGACUAUAAUAUUAGAUGAAUUUUUGUUGGACUGUAUAUUUUAGAUCACUUGAGAAUGUUGGAGACCCACACAAAAAAAAAAAAGGAGAAGAAGAAGAAGAGAAGAAGAAAAAAGAAAAUAGAAAAAAGAACGAAAGAAAAGAUCAUUUGAAAGAUGGUGGUGUUCAUGAUGGGACUAAUCAUAGGCGCUUCGAAUUCAAGCAUUUGGAAUGUCCUGUUUGGGUGAUUCAGAGAAGUAGAGUGUGAUUGAAAAUGAAAUCAUUGUGGGGCGAAGAGGAUGGUAAUGCUCCUUGGGAGGAGGUGGAUUUCUCAACUGAAAGCUCCUGCAUCUGUUGUAGAUAGAUUCAUGGAUUCGAUAAGAGUUCUUAUUGUAUCUGAUAUGUCUAUCUUCUAGCCAUGAUUGAUGAGUGC